CGCGGGGGCGCCUGGGUCUCUCCACGCCGCGCAUGCUCCUUUCCAGUCCGAACGCGCAGUCCAACCGCCGUGCACGCAACGCGCAAGACCACGGCCCCCUCCUCACGCCCCUUCCCCUCGAGGCGUGCGUCGCGGUGUGUUUGCGUCAUCGCGCCACGCCACCACUACAGUCCGGGUGAAGAUGGCGGCGGCGGUUCUCAGCGGACCCUCUGCGGGCUCCGCGGCCGGGGUUCCCGGCGGGACCGGGGGUCUCUCGGCGGUGGUCUCGGUCCCGCGUCUUCGCCUGCUGCUGCUGGAUAGCGUGUCGGGGUUGCUGCAGCCGCGAGCGGGAUCCACCGUUGCCCCCGUGCAUCCCCCAGCCCCCUCGGCCCCACACUUGCCGGGGCUCAUGUGCCUAUUGCGGCUACAUGGGACGGUGGGCGGGGCCCCGAACCUUUCAGCUGUUGGGGCAUUGGUGGGUCUCAGUAAUGCCCGUCUUGGUUCUAUCAAAACUCGGUUUGAGGGCCUGUGUCUGCUGUCCCUGCUGGUGGGGGAGAGCCCCACGGAGAUGUUCCAGCAGCACUGUGUCUCCUGGCUUCGGAGCAUCCAGCAGGUCCUGCAGUCCCAGGACCCGCCCCCCACCAUGGAGUUGGCCGUGGCUGUCCUGAAGGACCUACUCCGCUAUGCGGCCCAGCUUCCUACACUCUUCCGGGACAUCUCCAUGAACCACCUCCCUGGCCUUCUCACCUCCCUGCUGGGCCUCAGACCGGAGUGUGAACUCUCUGCACUGGAAGGAAUGAAGGCUUGUAUGACGUAUUUUCCCCGGGCGUGUGGAUCUCUCAAAGGCAAGCUGGCCUCAUUUUUCCUGUCUCGAGUGGAUGCCUUGAGCCCUCAGCUCCAGCAGCUGGCCUGUGAGUGUUAUUCCAGGCUGCCCUCUCUGGGAGCCGGCUUCUCCCAGGGCCUGAAGCACACCGAGAGCUGGGAGCAGGAGCUGCACAGCCUGCUGGCUUCCCUGCACGGCCUGCUUGGGGCCCUGUACGAGGGAGCAGAAACAGCUCCCAUGCAGUACGAAGGCCCUGCGGUGGAGGCGCUGCUCUCCCCCUCGGAGGACGGUGACGCCCAUGUCCUUCUCCGGCUUCGGCAGAGGUUUUCCGGGCUGGCCCGCUGCCUGGGGCUCCUGCUCAGCUCUGAGUUUGGGGCCCCUGUCUCUGUCCCCGUGCAAGAAGUCUUGGAUGUCAUCUGCCGGACCCUCAGCGUCAGUGCCAGGAACAUUAGCCUGCUUGGAGAUGGUCCGCUGCGGCUGCUGCUGUUGCCCUCUCUCCACCUCGAGGCCUUGGACCUGCUCUCUGCGCUCAUCCUCGCGUGUGGAGGCCGGCUCCUGCGCUUCGGAGCCCUCAUCAGCCGCCUGCUCCCCCAGGUCCUCAGUGCCUGGAGCAUUGGCAGGGAUACCCUCUCUCCGGGCCAGGAGCGGCCUUACAGCACCAUGCGGACCAAGGUGUAUGCUGUCCUGGAGCUGUGGGUGCAGGUGUGCGGGGCCUCGGCCGGAGUGCUUCAGGGCGGGGCCUCGGGAGAGGCGCUGCUCACCCACCUGCUCAGUGACAUCUCCCCUCCAGCUGAUGCCCUCAAGCUGCGCAGUCCCCGUGGGAGCCCUGAUGGGGGUUUGCAGACCGGGAAGCCUAGCGCCCCCAAGAAGCUAAAGCUGGACAUGGGUGAGCCCAUAGCCCCACCCAGCCACCGGAAAGGGGACAGCAAUGCCAACAGUGACGUGUGUGCAGCUGCGCUGAGAGGCCUCAGCCGUACCAUCCUCAUGUGCGGGCCUCUCAUCAAGGAGGAGACCCACAGGAGGCUGCACGAGCUGGUCCUCCCCCUGGUCAUGGGCGUCCAGCAGGGCGAGGUCCUGGGCAGCUCCCCAUACACGAGCUCCCGCUGUCGCCGCGAACUCUACCGCCUGCUGCUGGCCCUGCUGCUGGCACCUUCUCCUCGCUGCCCGCCUCCUCUCGCCUGUGCCCUGCAGGCUUUCUCCCUGGGCCAGAGAGAAGACAGCUUGGAGGUCUCCUCUUUCUGCUCAGAAGCACUGGUGACCUGUGCUGCUCUCACUCACCCCCGGGUUCCCACCCUGCAGUCCAUGGUCCCCACCUGUCCCACCCCUGCCGCAGUUCCCCCUCCUGAGGCUCCGUCUCCAUUCAGGGCUCCGGCCUUCCAUCCCCCGGGCCCCAUGCCCUCGGCGGGCCCCAUGCCCUGCGGCCCCAUGCCCUCGGCGGGCCCCAUGCCCUCGGUGGGCCCCAUGCCCCCGGCACGCCCUGGACCUCCAGCCACAGCCAACCACCUCGGCCUCUCUGGCUCCAGCUUGGUGUCUGUACCCCCUCGACUCCUUCCUGGCCCUGAGAACCACCGGGCAGGCUCAAACGAAGAGCCUGUCCUUGCCCCGAGUGGCACUCCUCCACCUACUCUACCCUCAGAUGAAACUUUUGGGGGGAGAGUGCCCAGACCAGCCUUUGUCCACUAUGACAAGGAGGAGGCGUCCGAUGUGGAGAUCUCCUUGGAAAGCGACUCUGAUGACAGUGUGGUGAUCGUGCCCGAGGGGCUGCCACCCCUGCCGCCCCCACCCCCCUCAGGCACCACACCGCCCCCUGUAGCCCCAGCUGGGCCACCAGCAGCCUCCCCUCCUGUGCCAGCCAAGGAGGAGCCAGAAGAGCUGCCCGCAGCCCCGGGGCCUCUCCCUCCCCCUCCGCCCACUCCUGUUCCUGGCCCUGCGACCCUCCCUCCGCCCCAGUUGGUCCCUGAAGGGACUCCUGGUGGUGGAGGAGCCCCAGCCCUGGAAGAAGACUUGACAGUCAUUAAUAUCAACAGCAGUGAUGAGGAGGAGGAGGAGGAAGAAGAGGAAGAGGAGGAAGAAGAAGAGGAAGAGGAGGAGGAGGAAGACUUUGAGGAAGAGGAGGAGGAUGAAGAAGAGUAUUUUGAAGAAGAGGAGGAAGAGGAAGAAGAGUUCGAGGAGGAAUUUGAGGAAGAGGAAGGUGAGUUAGAGGAAGAGGAAGAGGACGAGGAGGAGGAAGAGGAGGAAGAGUUGGAAGAGGUGGAAGAGUUGGAGUUUGGCUCGGCAGGUGCGGAGGUAGAAGAAGGGGGGCCUCCUCCCCCAAGCCUGCCUCCAGCUCUGCCCCCCGCCGAGUCCCCCAAGGUGCAGCCUGAGCCAGAACCAGAGCCCGGCCUGCUGUUGGAAGUGGAGGAGCCGGGGGCCGAGGAGGCGCCUGGGCCUGAGACGGCCCCCACAUUGGUCCCGGAGGCACUCCCUGCACAGGGGGAGGCAGAGAGGGAAGCGGGGAGCCCCCCCACAGCACCACCUCCCCAGGAGCUUGUGGAAGAGGAGCCCUCUGUGCCCCCAACCCUGUUGGAAGAGGGGGCUGAGGGUGGGGGUGACAAGGUGCCACCCCCACCAGAGACAUCUGCAGCAGAAGAAAUGGAGACGGAGACAGAGUCCACGGCUCUCCAGGAAAAGGAGCAGGAUGACACAGCUGCCAUGCUGGCUGACUUCAUUGAUUGCCCCCCUGAUGACGAGAAGCCACCACCUGCCGCAGAGCCUGAUUCCUAGCCCUCUCCUACACCCCCAGCGCCUCGUUUCCAAUAAAGUUAUGUCCUUGGAUAGUGA